GCACGAACUUAACAAGUUUAUAACUAUUGCACGUCGGCCUCGUGAGAACAGUCAGCUGGAAGGAGUAAAACAUGGCAGGUCUUUCGUUCAGUCUUGUCGCACUCUUCCUGGGAUUCAGUUGUUCCUUGGCGAAGAUUCCAGCUGGUUAUAUCAUGCUAGUGACUCCUAAAUGUGGCCCAGAUGGGAAAGUGGAUGGGAAGGUGAAGGUCACCACAGAUCUGAUAGCCGAGGCCAAGGCAAUCUGCCGGGACGACGUAGAAGUGCCCUUCACCAAGGUGGCCCAAGGCGUGAGCUUGGAAUUACCGGUUUCCUAUGCGCCAAGCGGCAGCAGUCGCUGUAAAUUUCAAAAACGCAAGGACACAAGGGUGUACGUUCUCAAAGUGUACGUGUCGUGGGGCGAGCCGGGAAAUCCAGUCCAUUCUGAAGAAGAGGAGUUCUACGUCACCUGCACCUUUGACGAGAAUGGAAAUCAAAUCUCUCCGAAUCAAACUGUUGAUGAAAGUCUCGUUGCACCACUGGAAAUCCAGACCCAUCUUGGAAAGAAAGCUGUGUCCACCUUUACACUGACUUUAACGGAUGUUCUUGGAGCUCAUUUGACCAACAAGAAGGUGCCCUUGGGUAGGAAGGUUGUUUUGACGGCAUCUACGGACGGCAAGAAUAACGAGAAGGGUCUUAGGCCAGACGGAUGUGAUGCAAUUGGCACUCAAACCGGAAGAAGAUACGCAAUUCUACGAGCUGGCUGUGGCGAUGGCGUCGUGUUCGGGCAGAAGGACGGCUUCGUAAGCAGUGGGCUGACUUCAAUGAGUCCUUACUUCAGCGCUUUCGACAUGGCAGGCGAGCCCUCCAUCCGAUUUGAGUGUAACUUUACAUUAUGCGAAAAAGCAUGCAAUGGGAGUUCCUGCUUGAACGAAAGACGCCGGAGAUCUGAAGAUGAUGACGACAAACCACGUCUAAUUUUCAGCGACGACUCGGGACAACGUUCAUGGUUUGACCUCCGUGACAGCAGCAACGACCUCGUGUUCUGGGCGUUAUUGCUUGGCAUAGGAAUGGUGACGCUGAUAUCGGUGGGUGUAUCGGUCUGUGCCCUUGCAAGACGCAGAUCAAACAUACAAGUUGUCGCAGCCUAAUGAAUAAAUACUUAAAAUAC